UGCUUACUUGACAUAAAAUAUAUUGGCAGAUUUUGUUAUCCAUAACAUGAACUUUGACACCUGCUUGUUACGAUCGUGGCACCCGCUCAUAAUUAGGUGUGAGUUAGUAUCUUUAUGUCCUUGACACAAAGAAAAACAUUACCACUGUCUAAUCUUUGUAAAGAUAAUUGGGUGAUAUACUGUAGUUUCUAAUUAACAAUAUGUGUGGUGCCUGUUAUCUAACGGUCUGUCUGGACUGGUCUGUCGUCUCAGAUGAACAGCAACGGGAAUAAGAGGGUACCGACCACAGCCACCCAGAGACUAAAACAGGACUACCUCAGGAUAAAGAAAGACCCUGUGCCUUACAUCUGUGCUGAACCCCUACCAUCCAACAUCCUGCAAUGGCACUAUGUUGUUCGAGGUCCUGAGAAGACCCCAUACGAAGGGGGAUAUUAUCAUGGCAAAUUAAUAUUCCCUCGGGACUUCCCCUUUAAACCACCCAGCAUCUACAUGACCACACCAAACGGGAGAUUUAAGUGUAACACUAGGUUAUGUCUGUCCAUCACUGAUUUCCACCCGGACACGUGGAACCCAGCCUGGUCCGUUUCCACCAUCCUGACUGGUCUGCUCAGCUUCAUGGUGGAGAAAGGCCCCACUCUGGGUAGCAUCGAGACCUCUGACUACACUAAAAGACAGCUCUCUGCCCAGAGCUUGACCUUUAACCUGAAGGACAAGGUGUUCUGUGAACUGUUUCCUGAUGCAGUCGAUGAGAUCAAGCAGAAGCAGAAGGUCCAGAAGGAGUUGAGCACCCGCCCCCAGCCCCUCCCGCUCCCAGACGUGGUUCCCAACGGCGACUUUCACCACGGCAACUACGGAAUCCCCGCCCUCAACGGAGGCCAUGCCCCCUUGGUCCCUGCUAUGCUCGCCCCCGGCCAACAGCAGCCCAAUCGGAAUCACGGACUUCUUGGCGGGGCCUUGGCCAACCUGUUUGUGAUUGUGGGGUUCGCGGCGUUUGCCUACACGGUGAAGUACGUGCUGCGGAGCAUCGCCCAGGAGUGAGAGAGGAGAGAGGGCUGAAGAAAACGGGACUGUUGACCCUCGGCCCAGUUACAGGACUAUUAGAGGAUUUAAACAUGCGCGGGGGGGGGGGGGGGGGGGCCACCCACCCACCGGGAGGAGUUGGGGGUAUGGGGGGAAUGAAUGGAACGGGGUUGGUUGUUGAUCUUCUCUGUGCCUAUGACCCAUUACCAGGUGGAAGUGCUUGGCUCAUGGGUUGUAUAGGGAACCAUAGAAAUGUAAGUUAAGGUAGAUUGGUGAUUCUCUGUGAAAAGCAACGUUAUAUUGUAUAGCAAUGUGGCUUGGCAGCCACGUUGACCAUAGGCUUAAUUCACAGAUAGUACAGUAUAUAGUAUACUACUAAUGACCAGGGACCGGCUAGUACAGUAUAUAGUAUACUACUAAUGACCAGGGACCCGGAUAGUACAGUAUAUAGUAUACUACUUUUGACCAGGGACUGAAUAGUAUAUUAUACUGUACAGGGAAUAGCAUGCUAUUUCAGACAGACGGCGACAUGAGUUGACACGUCUUGGGUUGUGUUUGUUGUCAGUCAGUCAACCCAUGAGCCAAUCAGUUCAGUUCGGCUUCGUGAGUCUCCCUAACUGUGGUUAUACAGGGAUUUAGAGACCAAUAUGUUUAAACAUCCAAUGGACUUAGCUGACUAGUAUAGCAACAACACAACAGUCUAUAUAGGUCCUAAUGAUUAGACAACAGUCUAUAUAGACCCUAAUGAGGAGACAACAGUCUAUAUAGACCCUAAUGAGGAGACAACAGUCUAUAUAGACCCUAAUGAGGAGACAACAGUCUAUAUAGACGCUAAUGAG